AUGACGAAAGCAACAUACUACGAGAUACUGGAGGUCUCAAAGGAUGCGACUUCAUUGGAAAUAAAAAAAGCUUACCGAAAGUUGGCGCUGAAACAUCACCCAGAUCGGAAUCAAGGCAGCAAAGAGUCCACCGAGAAAUUCAAGCAAAUUGGGGAAGCCUACGAAUGUUUGAGUGAUGCAACGAAACGAAGAGACUAUGACACACAAUUGAAAUAUGGUACCACACAAUCACACCAAACAGCAACCAAUGCCCCAACGAAUGUCCCAUAUAAUUCAUCGCCAUCGCCAUUCCAUAGACCUUCAGUGGAUCCAUUCGCUCAGUUUGAUCACUUAUUCCGCAAUGAUCCAUUCUUUCAAGAAGCCUUUAAGGAUUUGGAUGACGAGUUUGCAACGCGGUUUCAGAAUCAAACUUCUUCUGGGAGGGGUUCUUCAUCGUCCGAAGGGUGGGUUCCUUGGUUGCUGAGACGAUGUGGUAUUCAAUUUGAAAUGACUUCUGUUUCGACUGUGAAUGGGCGGCAAACCGCGACAUCGUAUUCGACGGGCCAAAAGAAUACCUAUACUGCCAAAAAGAGUUCAACAUACAUUGAUAGACAAGGCAGAACCGUAACAGUAAAGUCCAUGGAAAAGAAUGGAAACAGGAUAGAAGACCGAUAUAUUCAAGACAAGUUGGUUGAAAGAAGAGUCAAUGGAGUUGUAGAGGAUGUCCAGAAAAUCAAAGAAUAA